CUCAAACCAAAACAUAAGAAAACAUACACAAAUAUACAUCAAAAUGGCCAACAAGCUCUUCCUCGUCUCCGCAACUCUCGCCUUCUUCUUCCUCCUCACCAACGCUUCCAUCUACCGCACCAUUGUCGAGUUCGACGAAGAUGACAACCAAAUAGGCCCAUUCCGCCCAUUCCGCCCACAACAAAAAUGUCGAAAAGAGUUUCAGCAGGCGCAGCACUUACAAGCUUGCCAGCAGUGGAUGCGCCAGAAAGCAAUGCAACAAGGUGGUUCAAGCUGGGCCCUCUAUGAUGAGUUCGAUUUCGACAUGGACAACCAACAGGGCCCAGAGCAGAGACCGCAGCUACUCCAGCAGUGCUGCAAUGAGCUUCACCAGGAAGAUCGAGAAUGCGUUUGCCCAACCUUGAAACAAGCGGCCAAAGCGGUUAGAUCCCAGGUACAACAACAGGAACAACAGGGACAAUCACGUCCCCAAGAGAUCAGACGUAUCUACCAAACCGCUAAGCAGUUGCCUAACGUUUGCAACGUUCCGCAAGUUAGCGUUUGUCCCUUCAACAUCCCCCGUCCUCGCUACUACUAGAUUCCAAACCAAAUCCUUAAGUGUAUAUGCCACGAUGAUGAGUGUGGUUGUUGAUGCAUGUAUGUUGACACUACAUACUUAUUUAUCGUGUGUGUUUUAUAAAAAAAUAUGUAAGCGCUUAGGAUGUUUGAGGCUAAUGUAAUUAGCACUACUCCGUAAUAAAAGAGAAGUUUUUCUUUUUGUUUAA